CGGUAACUGAAAGUCGAGCAUGAAAAAUAAUCGACUCCUUUUUCUUUACCUAGCCAGAAGACGUUAGCUAAGCAUAGCUAGCCGUUAUCAUCAUAAUAGAUUGAUCAUUUUGAUGAGGGUCUUCUAUCUGCUACAGAGUAGGCCUGUGCAGGCAUGGAUAUGGAUGAUGACAUCUGCAUCCUUAAACAUGAGACAGCCUACACCACUGCUGGUGAGAGUCCUGUGUCAGUGUGUGCCGGCGACGAAUCGGUCGCUUCCCACUUUGCUCUGGUCACAGCAUACGAGGACAUCAAGAAGAGGCUGAGAGAGACCGAGCGAGAGAAUGCCCUGCUGAAGAAGCGAGUGAAGCAGCUUGAAGACAAGAAAGGAGGUCUGGAGAAGUAUGUUAUUGGCAAACACUGUCCUCAUAUUCAGCAGAGAAGAAAGCUCCUGAAAUUGGAUUUAAGACCAAAGGAUCCAGUAAAACCGAGAGAGAGAGAGCUUUUCAGGCCAGAUGCUCAUUCAUCUGAAGGUCCCCAGUAUGUGAACAAGGCCUUCAGUGCUUACCGAGGUAUCUAUAUAGAGAAGGAGGACCUGCAGAUGGAGCUUAACAAACUGAAAAGGGAGACGAGUGAGAAAGAGAGGGUGCUGAUGGAGCAGCUCCACGCCAAAGAGGUGGAGCUGCUUCAGCUGAGGACAGAAAUGGACACCAGCCAAGUGAUGAAGAGCCUGAACAGCUCUCAGGACUCCUGGCAGGUGGAAAGGGUCAAUACUGAGCUGAAGAUCCACAAACUGCAGGAGGAGCUGGAGAGGGUGACGCUGGAGAACAACCGACUGAUGGACAGAAGUGCGGGGGAACCGCAUGGCCUUAACGGACCAGACUUGGACCAGACCUGUGAUGCAAAGUGUAAUGCAAGGGAGAAGAGCAUGCAGCAGACAUACAAGGCUCUGUGCUCUGAGGUCAACCGUCUCCAUUCAGUGCUGGAGCAUCAAACAGGCCUGAUUAGGAAACUCAGGCCACUGAUCAGUGAGACACGACAAGCUGCCUCAACAGUUCCCGUCCAGUGUCUGGACGAUGUGGAAAAGAACAACCACCACCCAGUUCCUCGGGCAUCAGUGCCUCGUCCCCCCAGCGCCCCCCCCACUGCCCUCAUGCUCUGGCCGCCCCUGCCCCCCGUCGGCUGCCCGUCAGGCACCCUGCUUGCAGACAGUCUGAGGGAGGACUGUUGGUACAACGGGCCCUGGCCCUCUCACAGCUGUUCAGGAGAGGCUUUGGUUGGGAGCGACACCUGCUCUGUUAUACUGCCCCCACCUCCCCUGAAUCAGGCCUCCCUGGAUGACAGUUCGCGGUCCUUCCCGAGUCCUCCAAAGCCCAGUGAUGCCAUGUUCUGGGAGGGACACUCCGCUGCAUCCAACUCCUCGUCCUCAAUGGGAAACUGCAGCCCCAGGAGCCCUCCCCAUACAGAGUGGGCCAAGCCUUAUUAAGAAGAACUUACAAUGGGAGAACAGAUAAUAAUGUAUUGGAAAAUAAUCAUGGUGGAAAUUUGAUGGGAAAUAAACAAGUGGAAGAAUGAAUAAACUCCAACCCUGCCACAUAGCUACCACCUUACCUGCCUUAACUUGAUAAGACCACUUUUGUGGGGCGGAUGAGACUGGACCUCCUGGUUUUGGGAACUGAAUGAGGCCAGAUGAGGCCUUUUUGAGGUAUAGACUUUCAGCCCAUUAAUUUGCCAUCUCUGCUCACCGCAUCGGUGAACAUAUCUGACUUUGCAGAGAAAAGCUGAUGAGAAAUCCUCAACAGAAUAGUUUUCCAUGUGUCCUUGUAUGCACAUGUAUAAAUGUGUGCAAGCAUGCAUACAAGCAGUUUGUGUGUGAGCGUGUGUGUGUAUGUGCACAUCAAACAGUGUGCCUGUAUCUUUAUCUCAUCAUAAUAAACCUAACAGGGCUCAAAGGGCCUCUUCCUCCAUAAACUGUGGCUGGUGAUAACUGGCACCACAGCAUAGUGCUAGAAUUUGUAUAACUGUACUUCCUCCAAUGCAAGUCUUUUUAUAUUUGAUCACUGUAAAUUAUAGAAUGUAUGUAGUUCCAUGUUUGUCUAUAAUGGUCAUAUGAAGGAGAUAAUUUUGUUUUUUAUGGUGAAGACAGACAUACACCGACUGUUGGAUAAUUACAGAAUUUGGCUCCAAAUUCUAACUGCUGAAGCUCUUAAUAUCAAAGCAAACUACCCAUGCUUACUGAAUCCUUUUGAAGGCAUUUUGUUUGUGAAAAUUACCUACUUAGAAAUGAUCUGAACAUAUAAAAUAGUAAUCUUAAAAAAAAAAAAAAAAAAAGAGUAUUGCUGUCUUAACUAAACCCCAUCACGGACCCCACCGUAGGUUAAAUGGUUUCUCAUAACUUUCACAACUCAAGCCUGCCUGUUGCUUUCUUUUUUUUCACCUCUGAAGGGACAUGUAGAUGUAGAGCUGUGAACUGCUGGUUUCUUAGUACACCAUUUAUUUUAAAGGACUCC